UCCCCCUCCAACUCAUCCCCCUCCAACACAUCCCCCUCCAACACAUCCUCCUCCAACACAUCCUCCUCCAACACAUCCCCCUCCAACUCAUCCUCCUCCAACUCACCCUCCUCCAACACAUCCCCCUCCAACUCAUCCCCCUCCAACUCAUCCCCCUCCAACGCAUCCCCCUCCAACUCACCCCCCUCCAACACGUCCUCCUCCAACACAUCCCCCUCCAACUCAUCCUCCUCCAACACACCCCCCUCCACCAACAAUUCCACUUCACCGCCCUCCUCCAACAACGCCACUUCCAACACACCCCCCUCCACCUCCUCCUCCGCCACCAACAAUUCCAUGUCCACUUCACCCUCCUGCUCCAACAACACCACCUCCUACACACCCCCCUCCACUAACAACAUUACCUCCACCAACAAAAUGUCCAUGUCCAUUUCACCCCCCUCCUCCAACACACCCCCCUCCACCAACAACAUUACCUCCACCUCCUCCUCCACCACCAACAAUUCCAUGUCCACUUUACCCCCCUCCUCCAACAACACCACCAUGCCCACCUCCACCACCACCACCAUGCCCACCUCCACCACCAAGGCCAACUCAACCUCCACCACCCUGUUAUACCACAACUGUUCCUCCCAUUAUUGUCACAACUCCUGUUCCUACCACCCCUCCACCACCUCCACCACCUCCACCACCACCACCACCACCUCCUCCCCCUCCCCCUCCUACUACUACAACUCCAUCCCCCUGUUCCCAGAACAAUGGGUGCCCCAAGCCUGCCGCCCCUGUUUGUACACAGUGCAUUUUGUUUACAGGGAAAUAAACCUUUAGUUUAUAUUACUAGCCUGUGACUUGUGAUAAUUGCUUAAGUAGCUAGGGUAGUUUUUGAAUGUCAAGAGGCAAUGAAUGUUUGAACAAAUGAUUACAACUUUAUGCAAUGCCUUUGUGAGUUUAUGGACUGCCGGUGGCUAAAUGAUAUGUUAUUUUAAGAUUUUGAUACUUUACAUAAUUACUUUGUAUUUAUGUUUUAAGAGUAAUAAUAGAGUAUGGGCGUAUAAGUAAAUAUUCAAUACAUGCAGGCAGCAUAAUCCUUUACAGAUUUUAUAUUUUAUCACCUUAUUUAUUUAUAGUUACCGUAAAUCAUUUCAAUAUUCAAAAACUAGGCCAACAACAAUUUCUCCCACGACGAUCUCGU